AUGUCCAAGGUUGGAGUUGCAGCGAGAGCAGCAGCAGCAGUAGCAGCAGCAGCAGCAGCAGCAGAAGCAGCAGCAGCAGCAGCAGCAGCAGCAGCAGCAGCAGCAGCAGCAGCAGCAGCAGCAGCAGCAGCAGCAGCAGCAGCAGCAGCAGCAGCAGCAGCAGCAGCAGCAGCAGCAGCAGCAGCAGCAGCAGCAGCAGCAGCAGCAGCAGCCGCCGCCGCAGCAGCAGCAGCAGCCGCAGCAGCCGGAGCAGCCUCCGGCACCUACAGUUUGAGCUAG